CAUAUGAACCCUCCGCUUCCAAAUUCAUUGAGUUCCAGCGUAGCUUCCCCCUUCUGCCGUCCGCAAAGAUGCAGAUCUUCGUGAAAACCCUAACGGGGAAGACCAUCACCCUCGAGGUGGAGUCUUCCGACACCAUCGACAACGUCAAGGCCAAGAUCCAGGACAAGGAAGGCAUCCCACCGGACCAGCAGCGUCUCAUCUUCGCCGGCAAGCAGCUCGAGGACGGUCGCACCCUCGCCGACUACAACAUCCAGAAGGAAUCCACCCUCCACCUUGUCCUCCGCCUCCGUGGUGGCGCCAAGAAGAGGAAGAAGAAGACCUACACCAAGCCUAAGAAGAUCAAGCACAAGCAUAAGAAGGUGAAGCUCGCCAUCCUUCAGUUCUAUAAGAUCGAUGACAGUGGUAAGGUUCAGAGGCUUAGGAAGGAGUGCCCUAACGCUGAGUGCGGUGCUGGAACUUUCAUGGCCAACCACUUUGAUCGCCAUUACUGCGGAAAGUGUGGCCUCACCUAUGUUUACCAGAAGGCUGCUGCGUAAUUUCGUUUAAUUUUCUGUCAUUUAGGGUUUUACUCUUUAAAUUUUAAUUUCUCAUGUGUUAGUUUCGGGUUCUAUUCGGUGUUUCGGUUUUGGAACGAGACUGCUAUGUUAAAGGCUUAAAAAUUUUGAGGAUUUUUAUGUGAUUAAAUUUCUUUUGCGA